AUGUCUACCACAGCCACCACUAAAAUAGCUCUAAAGCACAAGAUCAUUGUUGGCGUCGAUUAUGGCACAACCUACACUGGGGCUGCUUACGUUAGUACCAAGGAGUGUGGCCUGAGUGAUAUUGUCUUAAUUAGUACUUGGCCGGGCCCGACUCGUGAUACCGAGACAGUCUUUAAGACUCCAUCUCGCAUUGCGUACCCCGCAGAUAACCCGCGGAUUUCUAGCAAGCGAUGGGGAUACCAGGUUGAACCGGGAAUGACAGCAUAUUCUUGGACUAAACUACUUCUCGACAACAACACCCCCCUGACUGAAUAUGAUGACUCCGCUCUGAACAAAGCCUCCGGGGCUGGUAUAUUGGUUCUUCCUGAAGGCAAAACCGCUGUAGACGUCGUGGCUGACUAUCUGGGCGAAGUUUACAGCCAUAUCAUGAAUACCAUUGCCAAGCAGAUUACCGAGCAGACUCUCAGUCUAACUCCUAUCGAGUUCUGGCUUUCCAUCCCUGCAAUCUGGUCAGAUCAGGCCAAAGCUGCCACUCGCACCGCCGCCGAGCGUGCUGGUUUUGGCUGCAGUUUGCUACGUCCCCAGGAUACGAUCUUCAUGAUCAAUGAGCCCGAGGCAGCAGCUAUCACGGCGUUGGAAAAGUAUACGAGGUCUAGCAGAGGAGGAUCAGUCAAACCUGGCGAUGGUGUUUUGAUUUGUGACUGCGGGGGAGGUACAGUAGAUAUUACUACCUACCUUGUGAACCAAACAGAGCCAGCGCUCAAGUUUGAAGAGCUCUGCACCGGGAUCGCAGGGGGCAAAUGCGGGUCAACCGCCGUGGACCGAAGGUUUUAUCAACUCAUGUCGGAGCGGUUUGGUGAUGCUUUUGACACGCUUCCGAUGAAAAGGAAGGGUCCCGGCAGCGACUUCAUGAAGAGGUUUGAAAUCAUCAAACGUGACUUUGGAUUUUCGGAUGAGCAGACAAUCUUCGGGAUUCCAAUCAAUAUGGCCCUCUCAGUUCCCAACCCUUGCCAUUUUGACGACGAAGAGCGUCUUGUCCUUCUUUCCAGUGAGGACUUGAAGGAGAUGUUUGAUUCUGUCGUGGAGCAAAUUCUCAACCUUGUUCGUCAGCAGAUCAGGGAUGCAAAUGCAGAGAGUGGUAAUGGUGUCAUUACUAGAAUCAUCCUGGUUGGUGGUUUUGGGGAUUCUGAGUACCUGCGAAAGGCGUUCCAUCAUGCCUUUGAAGCGGGAUCAGGGGGUAACAUUACCAUCACAGUUCCUGAUAGCCCACAAGCCGCCAUCGUACAAGGAGCAACUCUCCGUGGACUAGAGGGUUUUCGAUGCAGCACACGGAGGUGCCGUCGUCAUUAUGGCUUUUCAUGGGGCAUUCCAUUCAGACAAGGUUUUGACAAAGAGAAUGACUCAUAUAUUCAUCCUUUCACCGGGGAGAAAAUGGUGAGGGGCAUCAUGAACUGGAUGAUUGCAAAGGGGGAGAAAUACUCGGAGGGCCACACUUGUACGGUUGCUGUCACCCAUAGUGCCAGCACUCGUCAGAUCUCAAUCCCUCUUUACUCGUGUGAUCUGCAAUACGCUCCUGAGCGAAACGAUGAACCAGCUAUCAAUCGCAUUGGCACAAUCGUUUCUGAUCUCUCAAAUAUAGACCUUUCCGGGUUUGAGCAAAAGGUGAUCGGAGGUGUUGUCAAUAGCAACGUGACAUACACUCUGAAAGUCAUCUUCGGCGCAAAAGAAGGGGUGUUGAAGUUCAAAGUCGUCUGUCAAGUGAAGGUCAUUGGGAAAGCAAUGAUCAACUUUACAACUGAUAUGGUCCAUAGCUCAUAA